CAAGUUCAUUUACCCGUGUUUACAUACGGCUUAUUUUGCCCUAGGCUCGUAACAUAAUAACUGAAACAAAGAAUUUAUGUUCCAUCUGCUCACAUAAGAUGAUUGCAAAAAGAAAACCGUCACCAUUUAACAACCGUAGAGUUCACAAUUGGGUUUAUUUUAUUCAUUUAGCUUUUGCCCGCGGAUCGCCUAUCACAGUCUUACAUAAACAAGGGCCAGAGCACAAUAGAAACAGCGAAUCUCCAAGAUGUCAAACGGAAAUUUGCUAAGCCAAAGACCAUGUAAAUAGCGUACUAUCGCUACUGCACCCAAAAAGUAGCGGUCAAAAAUGGAUAAUUUAACACUAGCAAACUCAACUGAAAUAACACCAACCCGCAGCAUCGGAGAGCGUGUCACCCAAGCGAUUGUACUUUCCAUCAUUUGCCUAACUAGUGUACUCGGCAAUGCACUCGUUGCAGCGACCAUUCACUUUGAUUAUCGGCUCCACAAGCCAACAUUUUAUUUCAUAGCCAGCCUUUCAGUCGCAGAUAUCAUCGUCGGGGCUGUGUAUGUGCCAUUUUUCGCCGUAGCAGUAUUGGACGGAUGGGGUUUCGGGACGAUUUGGUGUGAUGUUCUCGCCGUUACUGUGUCUUUAAGCUUCAAUGCAUCGCUUGUAACCCUUGCGUUGGUCAGUUGGGAUCGCUAUCUGGCUAUUACUAAGCCUCUGAGGUACCAGGCCUUCAUGACGUCAGAGCGCGCGGCCGCACUAAUCGCAGGAGCUUGGGUCCACUCUCUAUUCUGGGCCGCGUCACCAUCGGUAGGCUGGGGCGAGAUAGCUUUUGAUCUAGAUACCAAUAUCUGUCGGAUAGAAUGGUCGUCAAAAGUAAAGUCUUCAAAGGUAUACUCCCUGUUUCUGGCAUUUUUCGCCUUCUUCAUUCCCACCGCCAUCAUGAUUUACUGCUACUGUAAAAUCUUCAAAGUCGCCCGCCAUCACGUGAAACAAAUAAAACAGAACUCCGUCUCCUCACAGCAAAGCGUCACCGUCAACGACACACGCGCUCUCAAGACGAUCCUCAUCGUGAUUGGUGCAUUCGUGGUUGCCUGGUUACCGUAUACGAUGUUCUCACUGACGAAGCUGUUUGCACCGGGUGUGGUUAAGGUAGAAGCGACGGGAUCAAAUGCUGUACUUACUGUCACGCUCUUGAAUGGUUGUAUUAACCCUGUUAUCUACUCAUUUCGUGACAAGAGAUUUCGUGACGGCAUUAGAAAGAGGUUGUGUCCGUGUUGUGUCAAAACAGAGGCUUUCCAGGAGUUUAGUUGCGUGGCUGGGGUCCAUUCAGCCUCGAGAUAUACCAACCCAACAGUGAUUGUCACGUCAUUUUGAAGUCACACAAUACUGCAGCCGAAGUAACGCACCAAAGCCAUUAUAGUAAACCUUGUAUGACAACCCUACACUGACUUUAACCAACAGUAUAUCGUUACUAUGUAAAUUGUAGCUAUGCUAAAACAUGAUUUUGGAACGCACGAAUGCCGAGGUUUACUUGAUCUGAGACCCCCCCCCCAUACAUCUGCAUAUGUUUGAGACGGCAACCUUUCUGUCACCAAUACAACGCUCAAACAUAACGUGAAAACGAUGACUGAAAACGGAACAGUAAUCUCUAGGGUGGACGAAUUUCAAAACGAUACCCUUCCAGGACCAUGUGGACGGGGGAAAACACAACUUUUCGAAAAUGAUUAUGUGAUUCAUCCUGCUCAAGAAAUGAGUUAUAGCGACAAAAUAUGUAAACAAAAAAAUGUAUAUAUCCAUUUACCCUUUUAAAGCCUAUGUUAAUAAUAAUAAUAAAUAUACUUUACUCAAAA